UCGAAUCCUAUUAAUGCAAUAACAAUAUUGUAUAACACCUCUCAUUUCUCUGUGUUCCUCUAGUGUGUGUGCCCCCACUACCUGCAUUAGGUUGUGAUGACCCACACUGCAUCCAAAUGUUUCUGUGACCCUCCCCAAACCUGACUCCUAACCUCUAACCCCUGACCUUUGACCCCCUCACUAUGGGCAGUGUUGGCAGUGGGGUGGCAGGCGAGCAGGAAUUUGCCAUGAAGUCCGUAGGCACGAGGACCACGCUGCCCCGCGCUCCACCUCUUUCGCGCCGUUGCCCCGGCGACCGCAGCUGCAGCGCAGAGCGUCUGCCCCGCCCCCCCGCGACUAUAUCUGACGGGACGGCCUCUAGCGACGAGCGAGGGAGCGUUAGUAUCGGCACCGGCACCUGUACCGACCGGCCCACUGAAACGGCCUCCACCACCAACACGGAAUGUACCAUGGCGGCGCCCAACAACAACGGCCAGCUGGAGUGCGGCAACGCGGCCCUCAGGAGGGAGUGGGAGAGGGAAAGGCAACGAGAACGGGGGAGAGACAGGGACCGGGACCGAGACUGGGACCGGGAGAGGUUGGAUAGGGAACGAGAGCGGGAGAGGAACCGGGAGAGAGAGCGGGAGCGGGUGGAGAGAGAGAGACUGGAGCGAGAGCGGGAGAGAGAACGGGAGAGAGCCCGAGAGAGGGAGAGGGAGCGGAUCGAGAGGGAGAAGAUCGAAAGGGAGCGGGAGCGAGAACGGGAACGAGAGAGGGAGAGGGAACGAGAGAGGCUGGAGGGGGAACGGCUGGAACGGGAGAGAGAGAUGCAGGCCGCGGGUCUGGAUGUCUGCGGGAACGUCGUGGGCCGAGGAGCCAACGAGAAGAACAGUGUUGGGGUGAACCAGCAUCAGCACAGAGAGAUGGUAGCCGCCAGAACCGACGGUGAAAAUAACCCAGCGGGACACAACCCGCCCAAAAUCAUGGCGGUGUCGGGAAAACUGGAGCAGGCAAUGCAGAGAGACACCGGCCUUGUCCGUCCCUCCGCCUUCAAACCGGUGGUUCCGAAGAGUUUCCACUCCAUGCAGAACCUCGUGGGCAAGGCAGGCGGGGCUGGGAGCGAGGGCAAAAGCGAGGCGAGGGCCGAAGGCUUCUGUGAGGGGAGAGGUGGCAGGAGAGGCAGGGAUGGUGGAGGGGGGGAGUCAGGAGAAGUGCCGGAGGCCCUGCUCCUGGACCAGGAAAGCCCGGUGAGGGUCACCAGAGGUGAGGGAGUGGGAAACCCUAAUGAGGUGGUUCAGGGGGGGAUGUCCGACUCAGGCAGGAACUCUUUGACCAGCCUGCCCACCUACACGGGUUCGGGCUCUGGUUGUGGACCUCCGGCCGCACUUGGGCCGCUUAGCGCUUCCACAAGCCACAUCAACAGGUUGGGCAUGGCCGGUGCGGCAGCGGGCUUGGACAAGAUGGAGAAGCCCGGCUACCAGAACGGACUUUGUGCCUCAGACAGUGGUCGAUCUUCAUCGGGGAAGAGCUCCUCGUCCUAUCAGAGGCUGAGUCACAUGAGUGACGCACCCGGACCCUUACGCCCCUCCCCUUCCUCGGAUGACAUCAUCCAGGACCUGGAGGACCGCUUAUGGGAGAAAGAGCAAGAGGUGCAGCACAUGCGCCGCAACCUGGACCAAAGCGAAGCUGCCAUUAUUCAGGUGUUUGAGGAGAAGCAGCGAGUAUGGGAGCGACAAAUGGACGAGCUGAGACAGAACUAUGCCUCGCGCUUGCAGCAGGUUACGCGCCGUGCACAGCGCUCGCAGACCGCCCUGCAGGCCCAGAUAACCCGUUUGUCCCAAGACAAGAGAAGACUCCAGGAGGAGAUGGCAGCCCUACUUGCCCAGCGAGAGGAGCUGGAGAGAAAGUGUCUGGAUUACAGGAAGGAGCAGGCUGACAUAUUGCCACGUCUGGAGGAGACCAAGUGGGAGGUGUGUCAGAAGUCCGGCGAGAUCUCCUUGCUAAAGCAGCAGCUGAGAGAAAGUCAAGCUGAGGUGACGCAGCGGGCCGGAGAGAUGGUGGCUCUCAGGGGCCAGCUCAAGGAGCUCAACGCCCAGCUGAGGGAGCAGGAGGAGGCCAUGCUCGGACUGAAGGAGUCCUACAGCUCCAAGAGUCUGGAGUUGGAGAAGUGCGAGGCGGACCUGAGGAGGACUCUGUCCGAGGUUUCCAUCCUCCGAGAGAAGCUUGGUGUUUUCGAGGCAGAGGUCUUGAGUCUAAAACGAGCCCUGAAUGAAGUCAGCAGAGGAGCCGAGGUCGUCAUGAGCCCAAAUUUAGCCGCCGCGGGCCUUUUGCCACCCUGGGGAAUGGUCCAUUGCCCGCGAACUCCCGGUGAUCAAUCGACCAACUCGCUCCCCCCUACGGCCGACACCCUGCUGAGCCUUCAGAGUGAUGAAGCCAAAGCUCAGAGGCAGGAAGCUCAGAGGCAGCAACGAGAAGAAGCGCAGUGGCAACAGCAGCAGCGUCAGGACGCGCACGCGCAGCAGGAAAUGCAGAUGCGGCAGGACGCUCACCUACGCCACGAAGCCCAACUCCGCCAGGACGCUCACCUCCGCCACGAGGCCCAGUUGCGCCACGAAGCCCAGCUCUGUCAGGAGGCCCAACAGCGGCAGCAGGAAGCUCACUGGGACGAAGCGGGCGAGCUGCGCAGACAGCUGGAGCAGCUUCAAGCCGCCUUGCGCCUCGAGCGCCAGCAACGCGAGCGCCAAGCCCUCAACUUCGACCAGGAGCGACACACCUGGCAGGACGAGAAAGAGCGGGUGCUGAAAUACCAAGCCCAAUUGCAGCUGAGCUACGUGGAGACCCUGCAGAAGAACCAGGCGUUGGAGAAACGCAUGAGCCAACUGGGGAACAAACCCAGCGCCGCGUGCACCGUUCCCACCACCACUGUCACCAACACCUCCCCGUCCUCCUCCUCCGGUUCGCCACCACCGCAAUCCCUCUCGGCUCUGUCUCCUCAACCGCCUCCAUCCCUCACCCUCACCCUGUCCCCGCCCUGCGAAGACCAGAAGGGUCCGCCUUCUCUCCACCAGCUUGCCCCUCCUUGGGCUGGACCUUCACGCCUGGAGAGGAUAGAGUCCACUGAAAUUUAAGAACACAUUCAGGGAAACGCUCCUCAAAAUGCCCACUGACCACAUCACAUUGUACUGUAAGAGCAUUUCAACUGACCACACACAAAAAAACACACGGAAUAUUUGAAGGUACAAGUAAGACGAUCAAAACAAAAAGUAU